CUUUUUUUUUUUUUUUUUUUCGCUUUAUUUUUACAUAAGCACAUUGGUUUCUCCGUCUUUCUUGGAGACAACCUAAUACAAAAACAUGCUGUGUUUGUUUACUCAUGUAACCAACUUCGCACCCACCACCACUCUUUUUCAAUUCCCAACCAUGACUGUUCUAUUCAGUUCCCAACUUUCAUUUCAGUUUGAGCUCUCUUAAUGGCAGUUCCUCCACCAAUCUCUGUUUCAGCUGAUCCCUUUGCUUCUUCCAAGCUUCUUCCUUUAUCCUCCUCCACUUCUUGCAUUGAGCCUCCAUCAUUAACGAUCUUUGGCCGUACGCUGAAAAAGGGGCAAAUUGAGCAAACCCAUUUCAGAUUGUUCACGGCUUUAAGGAGAAGUCAAGGUUUCGCGUUGAAGGCUUCAAUGGGGCCACCAGGAUUUACAGAGAAACUUGAUAACAAGCUAGAGACUUUAGCUGAAGCUGAAGAGGGGAAAAAUAUUGAACAGUUUGAAAAUCUUGCAAAGGCUCAAGCACCAAAGUUUAUGGUUAUUGCUUGUGCAGAUUCUAGGGUUUGCCCCUCCAAUAUUUUGGGAUUUCAACCGGGAGAAGCAUUCAUGAUUCGCAAUAUUGCUAAUUUGGUUCCUCCCUUUGAGAGUGGACCCUCAGAAACAAAUGCUGCACUAGAAUUUGCUGUAAAUACCCUUCAGGUUGAGAACCUCUUAGUCAUUGGCCAUAGCUGCUGUGGUGGUAUACGUGCCCUUAUGAGUAUGCAAGAUGAUGCCAACGAAAAAAGCUUUAUAAAAAGUUGGGUUGUCAUCGGGAAGAAUGCGAGAAUAAAAGCCAAGGCUGCUGCAUCCAACCUAAGCUUUGAUGAGCAAUGCAAGCAUUGUGAGAAGGAAUCAGUUAACGAUUCCUUAUUGAACCUACUUACUUACCCCUGGAUAGAAGAAAAGGUCGCAAAUGAAGAACUCUCUAUUCAUGGUGGUUACUACGACUUCACUGACUGUUCAUUCGAGAAAUGGACAUUGGAUUACCGGGGAACCACACUGGAGGAAAAUGGCAGAAUUUCUGCAAAAAACAAAAUAUUUUGGUGCUGAGUUUUUGUUUCUAUUUUCCUGUGUAAUGUAUUGUGUUGCUUUUCUAAAAUUGAGUUUGGGUAGGACUAUAAAAGCAUAGGCUGAGUAUUUUGGUCCAAUUUUAAAUGAUUGUAAUUCGAUUGAUUUGAACAUACCCCCUACCAUUUCACUUGUCUGUUGUAUUGCUUUUUGAAAAUGUUAAGAGGUCAUAAUGUACUGUGGGCUUGAUGAAAUUUUUUUAAUACAUAUUCUGC